GCGGGGCUCAGCACCAGGCUCUGCACUCCCCGUGUGUGAAGGGAGUACAGACACACACACACACAUACACACACACACACACGCUCUCCUCAAGCUCCUGGAGCAGAGAUGUUCAGGGCCGCUCUCGUCUGCGCUCUGCUGCUGCUGUCGGCGGCCGCCGUGGAUUUGGGAGGCUCUCCGUCCGGCUUCUACCCGCGCUUCAAUCCCUUCUUCUUCUUGUGCACCCACCACGGUGAGAUGGAGGGCCCCGGGGCCGAGGGAGGAGGAGAGGUGCUGCUCACCUUCCAGAUCCACGGGAGCCCCGGCGCAUAUGUCCCGGGACAGGAGUACCAGGUGACGAUCUCCACCAGUACUUACUUCGAUGGGCUGCUGGUCACCGGACUCUACACCUCCACUUCUGUCCAGUCGUCUCCCAUCCCUGCGUCUCCAGCCUUUGGCUUCGGGGUGAUGUCAGACAGGCAGUUCGGGACUCAGUUUGUGUGCAGUGUGGUGGCGUCUCACGUCAGUCACCUGCCCUCCACCAGCCUCAGCUUCAUCUGGAUCGCUCCUCCACCCGGCACCGGCUGCGUCAACUUCAUGGCCACAGCGACGCACCGAGGACAGAUCAUCUUCAAGGACGCUCUGGCGCAGCAGCUCUGUGAGCAGGGAGCUCCCACUGAAUCUCCUCUUCGGCCCAGUCUAGCUGUGGUUCAUGGUGAUCAUGCUGUUCUCCGGGAUGACUUUGAACACAACACACAAGAAGAGCUUAAUCUCAAUAUCUGGUCAGACUGCAGUAACUGUGAGGUUGGAGAGCAGUGUGGUGCGCUGAUGCAUGGAAAAGCAGUGACGUUUUGUGAGCCCUUUGGACAGAGAGAACUGACGACAGUGGCUCUGAACACGAGCACCGCAUCAGUCCUGCAGUUUGCCUUUGGAUCUGGAUCUUGUCGGUUCAGUUACUCGGACCCCAGUAUCAUCAUCUCCUGUGGUCUGAACUCCUCUGAUGACUGGAUCACCUUGGAAAAGAUCAGGGCUCCCACUAACAGCAGCACAGUGGUUCAUCUCCUGCCAGUGCCUCCGGGCUGUAAAGGGGAGGCCAUUCAUCUGCGCUGGAGUCAGGAGCCACCCGUGGGGCCCGAUGGUUAUGAGUCCUGCUGGGGCCUCGAUAACAUACUGGUGCUAAACACGGCCAACCGGCCCCCGCUGCUGGAGGACAGCCUGGACCCUCUGGACACGGCCAACUGGCUCUUCUUCCCUGGAGCCACAGUAAAGCAUGCUUGUCAGUCAGAGGGAAACUCCUUGUACUUUCAUGGCGGAGAGGGAUUCGAGCACAGUUUCGCCUCCACACGAGACGUGGACCUGCACCGUGAAGAGGGACGCAGCUACUGGGAGGAAGACUUUGAGAGUCCACUGAGUGGAUGGGAGGUUGAUGGAGCAGUGAAUGGAGUUCAGUGUGGAGAGGUGGAGUCUGGAUCUGCACUCGUCUUUCUCAAAGAUGGACAGAGGAAGGUGUGCACACCGUACCUCAACACCACCGCCUACGGAAACCUGCGCUUCCACUUCACCAUGGGGGGUGGAGACUGCGAUCCUGGAGAAUCCAACAAGAAUAAUGUGGUCCUGUUUGGUCGUUCAGAGGGCAGGAAAGAUCAUGUGCUUCUGGACAUACUUCCAUACUCAGCCUACAGGAAUCCUUCAGUCGUCUCGGUUGGUUUGCCCACAGAACUUCAGACUCCAGCCACUCAGUUUUGUCUAGAGCAGAAGUUUCAUGGUGGAGCGAACCGUCAUGUUUGGGCUGUGGACUUCCUGCAGCUGCUUCCGGUGCUGCCUGGAGCAAACACUCACCUGGUGCAGUUCUCAAUUAACCUCGGGUGUGGAGCCUACCAGCCGGCCAACAGUGUCAAACUGGAGUUCUCAACAAAUCAUGGUCGCUCCUGGUCUCUCCUGCACACCGAGUGUCUUCCUGAACUGUGUGCCGGAUCACAUCUGCCUCACAGCAGCAUCUACUCCUCAGAGAACUACAGCGGUUGGACGAGGAUCACGAUUCCUCUGCCCAACUCCGCGCUCACAGGCAGCACUCGCUUCCGCUGGAGACAGACCGCUGUGGGAAGCAGCAACAUGUGGGCGAUUGACAAUGUGUAUAUCGGGCCGUCCUGUUUGCGUUUCUGCUCCGGUAGAGGACACUGUUCACGCACGGGCUGCAAGUGUGACCAUGGUUUCAGCGGUCCGGCAUGUGAGCUGGCGUCUCAGACCUUCCCUGCGUUUCUGUCCGAGAGUUUCUCCAGCGUGAGGCUGUCGUCCUAUCACAGCUUCUCCUCACUGCGGGGGGCAGAGGUCAGCUUCGCCUGUGGGGUUUUGGCCAGCGGAAAAGCCCUGGUCUUCAACAGGGACAGUAGGAGACACAUUGUUACGACCCCCCUGGACAGUUCACAAGCCAGGUAUCUUCAGUUCACGCUGAGGCUGGGCAGUCGCAGCACGUCAAGCUCCUGUCCCGCUCCAGACCAGACGGGUGAAGGAGUGCUGCUGCAUUACUCCUCAGAUAACGGCAUCACCUGGACGCUGCUGCAGCAUUACGCUUAUCAGGGCUUCCAUGAGCCCAGGAUCGUUUCUGUGGAGCUUCCUCCUGGGGCCCGUAAAUUCGGGGUCCAGUUCCGCUGGUGGCAGCCGUACCAUUCGGGCCGCGGGCAGGACGUCUGGGCUCUGGAUGAGAUCAGCAUGACCUCCGUCCUCUUCAACAUCAUCAGCCUGGACUUCAGUAACGUGUUAGACGUGACUCAGAGCCUGGGCUUCUAUCUGGGGAACGUGCAGCCGUACUGCCAACACGACUGGACCCUCAGUUUUUCAGGCGAUCACGACUCAGCCUCCAGUAUCCGCUAUGUGGAAACACAAUCCAUGCAGAUCGGCGCGUCCUACAUGAUCCAGUUCUCGCUGGUCAUGGGCUGCGGACGCGACCCUUCUCCUCACAUCGACACUCAGGUCCGGCUGGAGUUCUCCACCAAUCACGGCUUGACUUGGCAUCUCGUCAAAGAGGCCUGUCUCCCCGGCAUGCCGAGCUGCUCUGAGUUCACUGCGUCCAGCGUCUACCAUCCGUCUGAGUUCACAGACUGGAGACGCAUCACGCUUCCACUGCCGUACAAAACCUGGUCGAGUGCGACACGUUUCCGAUGGAUCCAGAAUCACUAUCAGGAGCAGGACGAGUGGGCUCUGGAUGACGUUUACAUUGGGCAGCAGUGUCCUCAGAUGUGCCGUGGACACGGGUGGUGCGACCACGGUCACUGCAGGUGUGAUGAAGGCUUCACCGGCUCAGACUGCCAGACGCUCAACACUCUGGCCUCCAGUGUGCUCUCAGACUUCGAGUCGCAGGAGACCCUGGUGUCAGCGUGGCAGGAGGCGACCGGAGGCGAGGUCGUGCCGCCCGACCAGGGCUGUGGGGUGGUUUCCUCCGGGUCCUCUCUGUACUUCAGCAGGGCUGGGCUGCGGCAGCUGGUCAGCUGGGAUCUGGACACGGAGUGGGCGGAGUUUGUGCAGUUCUACCUGCGGAUGGGCGGAGACGGGGCGGAGUGUAACCAGGCCGACAGCAGAGAGGAGGGGCUUCUGCUGCAGUACAGCAAUGAUGGUGGAAUCAGCUGGGGUCUGAUCGCAGAGAUGUACUUCACUGACUUCACCAAACCACGGUUUGUUCAUUAUGAACUUCCUCUGGCCUCUAAAACGCCCUGCACGCGUUUCCGCUGGUGGCAGCCGCUGCACUCGGGCGAGGGCUACGAUCAGUGGGCCAUCGAUGACGUGAUCAUCCUGUCUGAGCGAGAGAAGCACGUCAUCCCCAUGGCCGAUCCUACACUGCCUCAGAACUUCUACGAGAAACCGGCUUUCGAUCAUCCGCUCAACCAGAUGAGCGUGUGGCUGAUGCUGGGAAAUGAAGGAAUGGACAAGGACCGUAACGGGAGUUUCUGCGCUCCCACUCCCUCUGCACUAGUGUUCGGCCGGUCGGACGGGGACCGGAUGGCAGUGACCCGAGACCUGGCGCUCCGUCCCGGAUACACGCUGCAGUUCAAGCUGAACAUCGGCUGUGAGUCGGUCUUCAGUGCGUCUGCACCCGUGCUGCUCCAGUACUCUCAUGACGCGGGCCGCACAUGGGCUCUGGUGCGGGAGGGCUGUUACCCAGCAUCCCCUGGGGCCGCGAGCUGCGAGGGCAGCAGACGUGAACUCAGAGAGCCCACUGUGUACCACACAGGAGACUACGAGCGCUGGACCAGAGUCACCGUCGUAUUGCCACGGAUCGUAGCCGCCAGCAAGACGCGCUUCCGCUGGUUCCAGGAGAGCAGUGUCUAUCGGGACGCCCCUGCGUUUGCGCUGGAUGGCGUCUACAUCUCUGAGCCCUGUCCCAAUCACUGCGGCGGUCACGGAGACUGCAUCUCAGGCGUCUGCUUCUGCGAUAUGGGAUACACAGUGGAGGUGGACCGGUCCAGCUGUGUCCCGUCUUCUCCGAGUCCCACUGAACUGGUGGAGGAUUUCGAGGGGAAGCUGAGCCCGCUGUGGCAGAGCCUGAGCGGAGGACAGAUCGGUGACGGCUGCGGGAGCAUCAGCGAAGGGAAAGCUCUGUACUUCAGCAGCCUGGGCAGACGAGAGGCUCGCACCACGCCGCUGGACACCACCCACACCCGUUUGGUUCAGUUCUACAUUCGUGUCGGAGGGAAAAACAUGGGCUCCACCUGCACUCGUCCCCGCUCCCGAAAUGAAGGUGUGAUUGUCCAGUUUUCCAUAAACAAUGGUGUUCAGUGGCAGCUCCUACGAGAGCUGGACUUUGGCUCGUUCCUGGAGCCUCAGGUGGUGACGAUCGAGCUCCCGCCCGCGGCUAAGACCCCUCACACUGUGUUCCGCUGGUGGCAGCCGCAGCAGGGUAAACACUCGGCCCAGUGGGGUCUGGAUAACGUUCUGAUCGGAAUGAACGACAGCGCUAGGAGUGGGUUCUUCGACACGUUUGAUGGCACGUCUCCAUUGAGACACAACUGGUAUCGAGUCGUAGCUGGAGAGGUGACAGCAGACUGUCUGAGCCCAGACUCAGUGCUGAACUUCAACUCCGAGGUCAUGGACAAGAGGCCGCGUUACGCUGAGAGCUGGGACUUCGAGGUGUCUGGCUCUUCGUUCCUGCAGUUUGAUCUGAGCAUGGGCUGCAGUAAGGCUGCGUCUCCGGCCCACGGCGUCCAUCUGGAGUUCUCCACAGACUGCGGGAGACACUGGACACUCAUCACGCCCGAGUGUGUGCCUCCGGCCAUCGGCUGCUCCGGAUACACACAGCAGUCCGUGUUCAGCGCUCCACAGUUCCUGCAGUGGAGGAGAGUCACCGUCUACCUGCCCAGCGCUGCCAUUUCACCCAGAACACGGUUCCGCUGGAUCCAGCCUCUCUUGGCUCCUGGAGCUGAUGGCUGGGCGCUGGAUAAUGUGCUGCUGACGCCCGGCUGCCCGUGGAUGUGCUCGGGUCAUGGACUGUGUGACAACGGACACUGUGUCUGUGAUAAGGGCUUCGGCGGGCCGCACUGUGUGCCUCUAGUCGCUUUGCCGUCUGUUCUGAAGGAAGAUUUCAAUGAGAACCUGAGGGCUGAUGUCUGGCCGGAGGUGUACGGCGCAGAGAGAGGCACGCUGAGCGGAGAGCCUCUGAAAUCAGGAACGGCCCUCAUCUUUAAAGGAGAGGGGCUGCGCAUGCUGGUCUCAGCAGAUCUAGACUGCACAAACACCAUGUACAUCCAGUUCUCAUUCAAGUUCAUAACAAAGGGUGUACCUGAGCGCUCUCACUCCGUGCUGCUGCAGUAUUCAGUGAAUGGAGGGAUCAGCUGGCUGCUUAUAGAUGAGUUUUAUUUCCCCACUUCCACAGACACGCUGUUUGUUCACAUGUCUUUGCCUCCCAGCGCACAGACCAACUCUACACGCUUCAGACUGUGGCAGCCGUACAACAGUGGGAAGAAGGAAGAGGUGUGGGUGAUUGAUGACCUGAUCAUAGACGGCAACACCAUCAAUAGCUUGCCGGUUAUAUUAGACAGCUUUGAGGGAGGACCUCAGGAGGGGAACUGGCUGUUUUAUCCUGGAGGAAACACUGGAUUCUACUGCCCCUAUCAGAGGGCAGGACUCGAAGAGGACUCAGCCGUGGUGUUCAUGUCCAGUGAGCUGGGUGAGCACUCCAUCACCACACGAGAUAUUGAUGUCAACGAGAACACCGUCAUCCAGUUCGAGAUUAAUGUGGGCUGCACAACUGAAAGCUCUUCCUUGAACCCUGUGCGUCUGGAGUUUUCUCGAGAUUUCGGAGCCACGUGGCAUCUGCUGGUUCCUCUGUGUGCCGGAGGGCCCCGACUCAGCUCUCUCUGCUCGACUGAGCUCCACCCGGCCAGUGUCUACUAUCCCGGCACCACGCAGAGCUGGAGGAGAGAAAUGAUCCAGUUCGGCAAGCUGCGGUUGUGCGGCUCAGUGCGGUUCCGCUGGUAUCAGGGGUUUUAUUCAGGCGGCGCGGCUCCGCCCACAUGGGCCCUGGACAGCGUGUACAUCGGCCCUCAGUGCCAGAACAUGUGUAAAGGCCACGGCGUGUGUGUGCGCGGCACUCACUGCAGCUGCGAUCCGGGUUACUCUGGUCCCGACUGCUCCGUUCCAGACGUGCCAAACCUGGAUUUCCUGAAGGAGGAUUUCGAAGGUGGGGUUUUGGAGUCUGAACAUUUCAAGUUGAUGAGUGGAGGAAAGCCUUCCAGAAAGUGUGGCAUCACCACCAGCGGGAACCACCUGUUCUUCAGUGAGGACGGUUUGCGAAUGCUGGAGACAUUAGAUCUGGACCUGUCUAAUGCUAGGUUUAUCCAGUUCUUCCUGAGGCUGGGCUGCGGUAAAGCGGCUCCUGACCCGCGCUCCCAGCCGGUGCUCCUGCAGUUCUCCGUGGAUGGAGGUCUGAACUGGGCUCUCCUGCAGGAGUUCCUCUACAGCAACAGCAGUAACCAGGCUCACCUGGUGGCCCUGGAGAUCCCUCUCCGAGCGCGAACCUCAGCUACACGCCUGCGCUGGUGGCAGCCGUCUGAGAACGGACACUUCCACAGCCCCUGGGUUAUUGAUAAAUUGGUUGUAGGCGGCAGUGCCAGCGGUUGGGGGCCGCUGGAGGACGACUUCUCCUCCACAAAUGGACGAUCUUGGCUGCUGCACCCCGGCGGCACGCGGAUGCCAGUGUGCGGCUCUGACGGUGAAGCUUUCGCCUUCAUCGAGAAGUCAAACACGCGUUACGGCAUCACCACCGACAUCAGUCUGGGCCCAGAUGCCUUCAUCCAGUUUGAUUUCUCUGCCUCCUGCUCCGUCACCUCCUCCUGCUACAUGGUAGAGCUGGAGUACUCUUUGGAUCUAGGUCUCACGUGGCUGCCGCUGGUCAAGGAUUGUUUACCCACAAGUCCAGAUUGUUCUUCAUACACACUGCAGAGAUUACUGGUGUCAGAUACUUACAACAAGUGGGGCAGAGUUACUUUACCCAUACCACACUACGCCAGGUCCACAGCCACGCGCUUCCGCUGGUUCCAGCCGGCGCCAUUUGAUAAGCAGCAGACGUGGGCUCUGGAUAACCUGUACAUCGGUGACGGCUGUCCCGAGAUGUGCUCCGGCCACGGCCGCUGCAGACAGAGCUCCUGUGUAUGUGACCCUGAGUGGGGCGGUGAGUUCUGUGAUGAGCCGCUGGUCUCUCUGCCCGCUCAGCUGAAGGACAGUUUCAGUCGAGCUCCGGCACUCAAUCACUGGCACCUGCUGACCGGCGGCAAGAUCAGCAGCGUCUGUGGAGCCGUGGCCUCUGGAUCAGCGCUGCACUUCAGCGGGAGCUGCUCUCGUCAGCUGGUGACGGUGGAUUUGAAUCUGACCAGUGCUGAAUUCAUCCAAUUCUACUUCAUGUACGGCUGUAUGAUCGCACCCAGCAACCGUAAGUUUGUGAAUGUUCUGCUGCCCGCUGCUGCGCGAGCCGUGGGUGUCCGGAUCCGCUGGUGGCAGCCGCAGCAUGACGGGGCCGAUCGGAGCGACUGGGCUCUGGAUAAUGUGCUGAUCUCCGGCUCAGAUGCUCACGCUCAGAUCUCAGACACGUUUGGAGGAGCGGCGCUGCCCAGCCAUGAGAGAGCGCCGGCUGACAGCACACACACACGACACAGCGGCUCAUCCUUCAUUCAUGAGGAGACCAUCGAUCCUCGCUGUGCCGGACUGGUGUCGCAGCCGUCUGUGUUCUUCCCGGCCGACGGCUGGAAGCGAGCGGUUUAUCCUCUACCAGACGGUCUCGCAGACACAGCGGUGCGCUUCCGCUUCUAUCAGAGGCAUUCAGAUACGCAGUGGGCGGUGGAGAACUUCUACAUCGGACCUGCUUGUGAGAACCACUGCGGAGGUCACGGAGACUGUCUGGACCAGCACUGUCUGUGUGACCCGGGCUUCACUGGGCCCAGCUGCUACGCCAGCACCACGCUGAAGGAACAAUAUUUGACAGUCGGUGUCAUGGUGUGUGGCAACACGGAUGGACAGGAAGUUUAUGCUGUUACACAUGACAUAGUUCCUGCCAAAGGCUGGGUCAUGCAGUUCAAGAUUGCGGUUGGCUGCAGUGUGCCGGAGAAGCCUGCAGAGAGACAGGUUCAUGUUCAGUACUCCGUGAACUUCGGUGUGACCUGGAAGUACCUGGUUCCUCAGUGUUUACCUGCAGAUCCUCGCUGUGCCGGACUGGUGUCGCAGCCGUCUGUGUUCUUCCCGGCCGACGGCUGGAAGCGAGCGGUUUAUCCUCUACCAGACGGUCUCGCAGACACAGCGGUGCGCUUCCGCUUCUAUCAGAGGCAUUCAGAUACGCAGUGGGCGGUGGAGAACUUCUACAUCGGACCUGCUUGUGAGAACCACUGCGGAGGUCACGGAGACUGUCUGGACCAGCACUGUCUGUGUGACCCGGGCUUCACUGGGCCCAGCUGCUACGCCAGCACCACGCUGAAGCAGGCGUCGCUGAAGGAGCGCUUUGACUGGGACGGGGCCCGCGGGCCGCAGUGGCAGGUGCUGGAAGGCGGAUACCCCUGUACUGACUGCAGGGUGCUGGUGGAGGGACCCGCUCUGUACUUCAGUGGUGCAGAGGCCAGACAGGCGGUCACCAGUGAUCUGGACCUGCGUGGGGCGAAGUUUGUGGAGUACUGGGCUAAAAUCGGCAGCGAGGAGAACGUUACUCUGUGUCAUCGUCCAACCUGUCGGAAAGAGGGUGUGUUAUUGGAUUAUUCUAUUGAUGGAGGUGUGUCUUGGACAUUGCUCCAUGAGAUGGACUAUCUGAAGUACGUGUCUGUGAGGAGAGAUUACAUCGUGCUGCCGGAGACAGCGCUGACCAACGCCACUCGUCUGCGAUGGUGGCAGCCGUUCUCGCUGCUGUCGGGCCUGGUCCGGUCGAGUGCGGAGCGCGCUCAGUGGGCUUUAGACAACAUCCUCGUGGGAGGCUCUGACAUCAACCCCAGCACCCUCCUGGACACCUUUGAUGACGAGGGCGUCUCUCAUGAAGAGAGUUGGAGCUUCUAUCCCAAUGCUGUCCGUACGGCCGGCUUCUGCGGAAACCCUUCGUUCCACUUGUAUUGGCCCAACAAGAACCAAGACGGGUCGCACAAUAUCCUGGCGACCCGAGAACUCAUUGUUCAGCCUGGAUACAUCUUACAGUUCAAGAUUGUGGUUGGCUGUGAGGCAGACCGAUGUGAUGACCGUCAUUCAGUGCUUGUACAGUACAGGAAGGAUGCCAGGUAUUCAGGCAUUAAUGCACAUGUCUAUAAAUAUCUGACUCUCCUUGAUGUCUUCAGUGCGACACAGUUUCGCUGGAUCCAGCACGAGGCCCCUGGCGAGCGCUACAGCUGGGCCGUGGAUCACGUGUACAUCGGGGAAGCGUGUCCUGGACUGUGCAGCGGUCACGGCUACUGUACCAGCGGACCCGUCUGCAUCUGUGACGAAGGCCAUCAGGGUGAUGACUGCUCUUUGUCCAGCAGUGAACUGCCCAGCUCUAUAAAGGAUAACUUUGAGUCUGGUUCGGUGUCUCAGGAGAGCUGGAGUUUAAUUCAGGGUGGCGGCGUGGGCAGCGGAUGCGGUCAGCUCUCUCCUCACGCUCACGGGGACUCGCUGUACUUCAACGGCUGCCAGAUCAGACAAGCCAUCACUACACCUCUGGAUCUGACCCGUGCUAGUAAGAUCAUGUUCGUGCUGCAGAUAGGCAGCGUGUCGCAAACAGACAGCUGUAACGCUGCACUGGAUCAGGCGGAUACGGUCGACCGGGCCGUGCUUCUCCAGUACAGCGUCAAUAACGGAGUUAGUUGGAACGUCAUUGCUCAACACCAGCCAAAAGAUUUCAUCAAACCCCAGAGAGUGUCCUACAACAUCCCACUUGAGGCUCGUGUCAGAGGGGUGCAGUUGCGAUGGUGGCAGCCGCGGCACGAGGGCGCAGGGCAUGAUCAGUGGGCGCUGGACCAUGUGGAAGUAAUUCUGUCAGGGUUCUUCCACCCCCAGACCUUUGUGCAAGCCAGCAACAGCCCUGUCCUGCAUCUUAUAACCUUUCCUCUCUUCUGUAUUCUGCUCCCUAUGGCAUGGCUGUAGUGUCAGGUAAGUGCUUUGCUGUUCCCAGAAUGCACCAGUGUUCCCUGCCUUUGGUCUUCCCUCAUUGAAACUUUCUUGUACAUCACUGUAGACCUCAUCACCCCAUACAGGUGGAAAAAUAAAGGAAACAGCACAUGAAAAAGUUAACUAAAGUUAAUAAUAAUGUAGGUAAAUCAAUUAAAAUUGCAAAUGCAGCACAGCACAUUCAUUAGCUAUUAGCAAUACAUUGUCAUCUUGAAAAUGCAACAGCUGUUAAAUCAGUAGGACCAUAUUUCAAGAAGCACUGAAACUAAAGUUAUAACAGUAUGUCAAUAUACAGUUCUGUGCAAAAGUCAACAUUUUUAUUUUAUGACUAUACUUUUUGCUUUAGUGUGCCAUAUUGUUUUUGCCCAGUACUGUGUGCUUGUCAAACUGUCUGUUGUUUCCAUUGUUGUUUUCCCCUGUAUCCUACCCAUCUAAUCUAAAGACUCUUUCCUCUACACAACUGGAGGCUAAUAUCUCCCAAUACAGAGCUAACAUUUCAUUUUUGGUUUUAUACAGUAAUUAAUCAUAUACUUGAAAAUAUUAUGGUCAGGGACAGGUCAAAUCAGUCAUCCAGGUCACUGGAGGAUGUGACAGGAAAAACCCAUCCUAUAUACAGCUGGAGUGUCAGAAAUCAACUAAGCACAACACUGUAUACCAAAGGAUGUACUCAAGCCAACAUAAAGCAAAAUAGUGUAGCAGUGAAAUGAAAGAUUCAGUGUACGCUCACUGGUCACUUUAUCAGGUGCACCUUUCUAAUUCUGGGUCGGACACUCUUUGGCCCCAGAAUAACCCGGAGUCAUGAUUGGCUGAUUAGACACUUGCAUUAGCAUGCAGAUGUACAGGAGUCCCUAAAAAGGCUACAGAGUGUAUAAGAGUGAACCCUUCUGGACACGACUCGAACAUCCAAGGGAAAAAGUGAGACUGAUGUAGAUACGCUGAACAGGGUGAGCAGAUGACUUGAGAAAGAAGCCAUUCUUUUCUGAACCUUAAUUUACACACUGAUCACACUUCUCACCAUCGGGGAAUCAGUUCCCACAAUUCAUGCGUCCUGUCGUGGUGUGUUAAAGGAAUAGUUCACCCAAAAAUGAACAUUUUGU